AUGCGCAAAACACCUAGCAUUGAUCUUCCUGCCUCAAAAGCAAUCAAUGUGAUCAACCAAUUCUGUGCUCGACUUCCCAGCGACUACAUUACCAAUCUGACUCCACGCUGGCAUCUCAAACUGAUCCGUCCACCUGAAAACUGGGAUCCUCCGUCUCAAGGACCGGGUGCUUCCUGUGGUUUCGAAUGGGAAUUAGCCGCGGCAAAGUCAAACGGGUUGCACCAGUGUGUUCUUCGCCUGCCAAUUAACACUUCAAUCAAAGAUGAGAUUCAGGGUGAACCCAUGGCCUGUAAAAAACUUGCCAAAAUGUCUGCCGCACUGAACGCUGUCCGUGCCUUGUACGCAGUCGGCGAAUUGGACUCACGAUGGGAACCAUCCACACGGGAUCCGAUCAGCACUGUCCGGACGAAUCGGGGUGCAAUCGGUUCGGAAAACCGUUUAUCCCGUACCCAAUCCUAUGCUUCCUCUUUGGCAACCGAAUCUGACGCGGAAUCGGAACUGAGCGAAUUGUUGACCACUUGUAAUCCAGACAUUAGUCAGGAUGCGAUCGGAUUGGACGGGUCAAGUCGUUGUCGAAGAUAUUACUACAGAAAAGUAAGUCAAUCACGAUACAACUUUAACAGUUUUGCCAUUUUACUGUUGCUCUCAAAAUCAAAUCGAUGUUGA